GACGAGAGAGAUUUCGGAUGGACUGCGACUGGCAGAGAUAUUCAACCUCUUUCCUCGUGUAAUCAUUUAACUCCCAAAUUGGUUGGCGAAACUCGUAGAAUACCCAGACAAUACCUCCACAAAAAGACGUAGAGAAAUAAAUGUCGCUUCCUACCGUAACCGUGCAACAGGCUACUCAACUUCUGGAUGACCGAAGAGUCAAGGCCGUCAGGCCUCUUAUCCCGCCUCAGAUCUUGAUGGAGGAGAUGCCUCUGUCUUUACGAGGAGCUCAGACGGUUCUCGAUGGACGUCAAUACGUAGAACGAGUGACAAGGGGUGACGACGAUAGGCUGCUGGUUGUUGUUGGACCCUGCUCGAUCCAUGACCCCGAGGCUGCCAUGGUCUACGCCAGGAAGCUGAAAGAGUACACUGAUGCGGCUCAAGAAGAUUUGCUCAUCCUGAUGCGAGUCUACUUCGAAAAACCUCGAACGACUGUGGGAUGGAAGGGGCUCAUCAACGAUCCCGACAUGAACGGAACUUUCCAGAUCAACAAGGGUUUGCGGAUCGGUAGACAAUUGCUAUUAGACCUAGCAGAGCUCGGUUUGCCUACCGCUUGUGAAUUCCUCGAUACCAUCUCUCCGCAAUUCACGGCCGAAUUGACAAGUUGGGGAGCCAUCGGUGCGAGGACCACCGAGUCUCAAGUACAUAGGGAGUUGGCGUCCGCCCUGAGUAUGCCGAUCGGCUUCAAGAACGGGACUGACGGGUCGAUUGACAUUGCUGUUGAUGCCAUGAGGGCUGCUGCUACCGGUCAUACUUUCUUGUCGGUGACCAAGCAGGGUCUCUCGGCAAUCGUCGAGACUGCGGGCAACUCUUUCACCCACGUCAUCCUGCGUGGAUCCUCCAAAGGACCCAACUACGCUGCCGAACACGUCUCGUCUUGUGUCGACAAGCUGGCCAAGGCUGGCGUGACGACCAAGCUCAUGAUCGACUGCUCGCACGGCAACAGCUCGAAACAACAUCAAAAGCAGAUGGAGGUCGCUAAAAACAUUCGAGAACAACUCGAAGGACAAGAGACGGCUCAGAACAUUCUCGGAGUCAUGCUCGAGUCGAACAUCAACGAGGGAAAGCAGAGCGUCCCUCCCGAGGGUCCUUCUGGUCUGAAGUACGGUGUGUCGAUCACGGACGCAUGCUUGUCUUGGGAACAGACUGUUACCGCGCUGGAUGACUUGAGGGCUGGUGUGCAAGCCAGGCGAGCAAACGUCAAGGCCAAGAGGGAGUCUUCCUAGACCCUAGGUGAUUGUACAUCUCGAAGGCGUUUGUCGAUCAAUACUCGAUGAUCAGCAUCAUGUCUCGACGAGUCCAAGCCGGAUGCGCCCCGUCGCAAAGAGCAUUGCGCACAAUCCCUGCGUGAUGAUCACAGAAGGGAAAUGUUUCAGGUCUGAAUCGGCCGAUAGUAGUCUUGUUUCCACCUCGAUCGCGUCAACAAAAGUAGCACCUCGGAGCAUUACGACUGAUACCCAGCAAUCCAGCCAUAUCUUUGUGCCCCUCCUGAAGGUGACAAUAACAC